AUGUCAUUAAGUUUAAGUGAUUUGACUAAUCAAUCAUUAGACAAGAUCAAAAAGACAAUUACUAAAAAAUAGUUUGAAUUGAAAAAAGCAAUAGAAGAAACUUUAUAGCUCAAAGAUUACUUAGAUGCUAAUCACUUAAUAAAAGUGUAUUAAUAGUGCAUAGAAUCAAAACAGGUUAAACUGAUAGAACUAGCCUUGUUUGAUAUAAAGAAUCUAGUUGAACAAGGUUUAUUUGCAGGAGAUCAAAUGAUUGGGGAUAAAAAAGCCAUUGAUGUAAUUUUGGAAAUUGUGUUAUCCUGCCAAUAAGAGAAGGAGGAAACACUGUAAAUUCACAUGAUCAAAGCCAUUCAAACUAUUAUGACUAAUAGGAAACACCAUAUUCAUGGACAACUAACCACUUAGGUAUUUUAAUUACUCAUCAAUUUGCAUUCAGUCUCUAAAUUUGUUGUAAUUGUCAAUGCAAGUAAGGAGGCAUGUCAGAAAAUAGUAAGUACUUAUUUUUAAAGAUUGGAAGACUUUGGUAUUUUAACAGAAACUGAGUAUCAACAAGUAAUUUAAAAGUACGAAAAUCAAGGAUAAUUGGUUUUGGGUAAAUGUGGAGCAAUAGUGAAUGCUGAGCAAUAUAUGCGAUCAUUGAUGACUUCAUUAGUUGAUGAGGUCUAGAUCUAUAGUGAGAGAAGAUAAAUAUAUGAUAGACAAAUAGAAGAUCUAAAUUAAAUCAAAGUUAUAGAUUUAAAUCUGCAAGAACCUAAUUUACGUAAUGUAACAGUUGAUAAAAACUUGAUCUAAGUUUAUGUGACCAAUGAAUAGAAUAUUAAAAAUGGAAAAUUUGGAUGGUGUGUUGUCUGCAGAAAGUAAGCAUCACAAUAUUGUAAGGAUUCCAAAGUACCUAUUUGUAGCAAAGAGUGUAAGGUUGUACAUCUUAAUUCGAUGAACAAUUUCUCAUAAUGCUAUCAACAUUCAAACAAUAGUGAGUUCUAUUUUAAAGAUGCCCUAGAGAUAUUGGAAAUGCUAUGUCAAUUAAGUUAAAAAGAUAGUGCUAAUCCUUAAUAAAAUCAAACGGUUACUAAAUGCAAGAUCCUUUCUCUAGAAUUAAUCUAUGAAGCUUUGGCUCAAAGUAAUAUCAUAUUACAGAAUAAACAAAAAUUCAUUUAAGUAAUAAAAGAACAAUUAUUGGAAUCUCUUUUGAAAAAUUCUCUAUCUUCAGAGAAAUAAUUACUAAUAUCUACUAUGAAUAUCUUUAUCUUAUUGAUUUGGAAAGUCAGAAGUCAUCUCAAAAAGGAAUUAGAAGCUUUAAUUGAAAACGUUUAUUUUAAGUUUUUAGACAGUAGCAAUAGCUCCUUUGAUCAUAAAUAAUAUACUCUUAAAGUAUUUAAUAAAAUAAUGACCAAACCCAGAAUCGUCAUUGAAAUCUUUGUUAAUUACGAUUGUUCUUUAGGAUAAAAUAAUCUACUAAAAAAGAUCCUAGACAUGUAGUGCAGAAUCAUCUAAGGCAGAUUCAGUAAAUAAGAGUUUCAAGCCUCCAUUACUCAAAAUUAAGAGACCUAUCUUAAAUCCUUAUGUCAAGACAACUAUUAUGGAUUUAUUAAAUGCCUUAGAGAAUUUUGUGAAUAGAAUGAAGACCCAUAAAAUAUCAUAUAGGUCUAAUAAUUUGAUGACUAGGAAGACACUACCAUUCAAUCCUAACAAUUAUCACAAGAUCCAAUCGAGAAAUAAAAAUAGAUGAAAUUAGAAAUGAAUAAAGCUGUUUAGAAAUUCAAUUUCAAACCUGAACACUGUAUCAAGCAUUUGAUUGCUUGUUAGUUUAUGGCGAUAAGAGAUCCUAAAUUAUUUGCCUAAUUUCUAUGGGAAAAUCGAGAUUUAAACAAAGACAAAUUAGGAGAACUAUUUGGUAGUUCAACAGAAUUCAAUUAAUAAGUCUUCUAAUAAUACAUAGAUUUUAUGAACUUUAAGGAUUUGCAAGUAGAUGAAGGCUUAAGAUAUAUGCUUGAAUUCUUUACAUUGCCAGGAGAAUCUUAAUAAAUAGAUAGAAUUAUGGAAAAAUUUGCAUCUAAAUACUGCAUUGAUAAUCCUGGGAUCUAUAAAUCAGCUGAAGCUGCUUAUACGCUAUCCUAUCUAUUAAUGAUGUUAUAAACAGAUUUGCACAAUGAAAAAAACUUAGAGAAAAUGACAGUUCCUUAAUUCUUUAAUUUAGCCAAAGGUAUUAAUGAUGGUGAAAAUCUUCCAUAAGAUUUAUUGCUUGGGCUUUACCAAAGAAUCUAAAAGACUCCUCUUGCAUUGCAUGCUAAAGAGUAAGCUAAAAGAGCACUUGAGUAAGCUAACUAAGUGGAUUAAAGAAGGAAACAUGCAAUGUUAGCCAAAGAGACUGAGGAGUCUCUAAAAAGAUGGUUUAAGGAACACCCUAAUUAAGAUGCUUAUUUCUAUGCUAAUUCUAUAGAUCAUGUCAAAUCCCUAUUACAAUAAACUUGGAGUGCUAUUUUCGCCUCAAUUAGUGUAUUCCUAGAAUAAGCUGAAGAUAAGUUAUAGAUAGCCUUAUGUUUUGAGACUAUUCAAUCCUGUAUCUAUUUGAUGGGUAGAUUUGAUUUAGAUGAAGAAAAGGAUACCUUUAUCAGUUUUUUAUAGAGAUACUGUACUGGUAUUCCAAAUACAUAUCGAUAAACAGUGGGAGUUUAGGCAUUAAUAAGAGCGACAAUCUAAUCUGGUUAAUAUUUAAGGAAAAGUUGGAAAGUAGCAUUGCAAUUAGUUUCAAGGUUAGAAAUCAUGCAUCAAGCUGUGAGGAAAAUAAAGGUAGAUUCUCCUUAGAAGGAAAGUUAUAAUCAAGAGGAUAUUCAAAAUAUCGAAAGAUUGUUUUAACUUAUCUCCUAUGAUUAAAUUGAUAAGAUAUUCAAUAUGUCAAUUAAUUUAGAUUCAAAUUCCAUUUUGGAAUUCAUUAGAGCCUUAUGUGAGUUAUCAAAGGAGGAGAUCAAAUAAAACAGAACAUUCCUGUUGAGUAGAUUGAUUGAAGUUGCUGAUUUUAACAUGGAUAGAAUUAAGAUUGUAUGGUCAAGAAUGUGGGAAAUAAUGAGGGAACACUUUCUGGAAGUAGGAUGUCAUCAGAAUGUUGAUUUAGCAAUUUAUGCUAUAGAUUAAUUAAAGUAAUUAAGUUGCAAGUUUUUACAACAACCUGAAUUAGCUAAUUAUCAUUUCUAAAAAGAGUUUCUCAUGCCUUUUGAAUAGAUAUUCAGUCACAGUCAAGCGCAAUCUCAAUAUAAAAUUUAGUUAAGGGAAUACUUGUUAUCUUGUAUGUGUAUGAUAACUAAUGUGUGUUUUAAUUCACUUAAAAGUGGUUGGAAAAUCAUAAUGAGUAUUGUAAAUUAAGCACUCCAAGAGGAUUAAUAGUAGCUAGUAAGAUUGUGUGUACAGAUUACAGAUAAAAUUAUGGAAGAUGUAAAUAAUCAAUAGGUUAACCAAGAAAUCUAUAUGGAACUAAUUUAAGCAUUAAUAAAAUUGACCAAGAACAAAGAAAUUCAUAUAGUUGAGAAUGCUAUCAAAUAAUUGAAGACAUUAGUUGAUCACAUAGUAUUGAUAAAAAAUAAUGACAAUAAAUUUUUGGAUUCAUUGUGGAUUCCUGUUUUGUCAUCAUUAUCUAUCUUAUACAGCGAUGAGAGAGCAGAUGUUUAAUAAUUAAGUGUUCAAACACUCUUUGAUUUGCUUUAAAAACAUGGAUCUUAUUAAACAAUAGAAUUCUGGAAGAUGAUAUUGAGGGGAGUAAUAAGACCAUUAUUUGAGGAAAUCCAAUUUUCCAAAUUAAAACUCAAAAAAAAAUAGUAAUCCAAGAAAUCUAUAGCAUCAACUUGCAAAAUGACAUUUUAAUUGUUUACAGAUUUAGUGAUUUCACGAAUUCAAUAGAUUUACCCUUGCAUUAAUGAUUUAAUAGACAUAUUAGUAUAACUUGUCUUGUAGACUCAAGAUUAUAUCUCUAUUUUAUGUCUUUAAUCACUAAAGAAAAUAAUUUAGAAUGUAGGUCAAUCUUUAACAGAAGAUAAUUGGAAUGUGUUAAUAGAAUAAAUUCAACAUUUAUUGUAAUAAUGCUCUCCAACCGAAUUAUUAGAAGCAUUUAAUUUGGAUGAAGACUUUUAGAAACCUUUGGAUGAAUUAUUAAAGGAAGAGAUUAGACCCAAAAAGUUUAGUCUUAAAAUAAAUGCCACAGAAUGUUUAUCAAAACAAUCCAUCUAAGAAAGAUGUUUGGAGAUUUUAGAAGUAUAAGUGACAUAAUUUUAAAAUCAUAUUACUUAACAAAAUAAAUAAUAGAUUUUGCAAUUGUUUCAGGAAUAAUAUUAAAAAUGUAGAAGAUUUAACACUAGUUUAUAUAUGAGAUAUUUCUUGGAACAAUGGGGAGUUUAAUGGAAUUUUGUAUAAGGAAGUUCAUAAGAAUUUGAUGAUUUGGAGAAUACUUACACAACUCAAAACAAACAAUUGAGUUUUAUAAAUAUUGAGUUACUAGCAGCUAAGGUCCUUAUUACUUUUAGUAAUGAUCCUUUCUCUUUUGUAGAAUAAUUAAUCUCAAGAUUUCUUGAUGCUUAUAAUGGGUUUUCAAAACCAUUACAUCGUUAAGACACUUUGAAUGGCAAUAUAGAACAAUUAAGACACCUUGAAUCUUAGAUUGUCAUCAGUAGAUUACAAUUAUUGUUUAUGGAAAAUGUAUUCCCUUGGUUAAAGCAGAAUUUGAAAUCAAAAGUUGUAAACAAGUGGCUGAUUUAAUUACUAAAGGCUGGGUUAAAUGUUCCAGGGGUUGAGAAUAAGGAAUACAAUAAAAUUUUGGUAAAUUUAUUGGAGGAAAUUAUAAAUUAAGAGAACAAUGUAUUUUGA